AUGAUGUUUGUGAUCUUCGCGCUCCCGCCUCACAUAACGCCAUCUUCAAGUCACACGGUGGAGUCGCGGCCCUACCAGUACCUAUACAUUACCAUUAAGGUGAUAGGCCUGCUAGUCAUAGUGACCGUACUCUACAUGAGUGAGGUCUUCUUCCAGAAGAUAUUCGUCACCAGACCCUGGAAGGCACUGUUUGUGAACUCCGACGAUGAUAUUCAUCAGUGGUGGCUGCAGUGGAAGCAAGAUCGGUACUCGAUGGCGUUCGGCAUAAUGUUCGCGCUGGCGUACCUGGCGGCGCGGGCGGCGGGGGCGGCGGGCGCGCUGGACGAGCGCGCGGGCAGCGCGUGGGGCGGCGGCGCGACGGCGCUGGCGCUGCUGGGGCUGGCCGCCUACGCCGCCUUCGCGCUGCUCUGCAGCAACGCGUCGGACUGCGACGAGAUCCAGUCGUACGUGUCGUUCCUGCCCGUGCUGAGCUACGCGUGGCUGCGCAACGCGCGCGGCGCGCUGCGGGCGCGGCACUCGGCGCUGUUCGCGUGGGUGGGCCGCGUCUCGCUGGAGCUGGCGGCGGGCGGCGCGCACGCGCUGGGCGCGGCGGACCGCGCGGGCCGGCUGGUGCUGCUGCCGGGCGCGCCGACGCUGAGCGUGCUGGUGGCGGCGUACGUGUUCCUGUGCGCGGCGCACGACCUGCGGCGGCUGACGGCGCAGGUGGCGCCGCGCGCGGUGCCCGACGACUGGCGCCGCGCGCUGCGGAACGUCGCCAUCUUCCUCGCCGUGCUCGUGCCCAUCGGCAUACACGACGGCAUGUUCUAG